AUGGUGUUGGCCAUGGCAUCUCACGAUGCUCAGAACUUCUUCCAGCCUUUGUCUUCCUGGCUAUCUCGAGUUUACGAAGCUCUCCAGCAAGCAGGGGAUGCGUUAUCCGCUUCACUGGUUCUUCUUAGCAAACACGAUUCGACACUGAGUGACAAGCCAGAGCAGGACUUAGAUGCUAUUCAGAGUCAGGAAACCUACUUUGAAGACAAAGAGCAGGAUAAUGAUGGGAGUCCAGAAGAGGCAACCUCCCCAUUUCCUGAAGAGGACCGUUUCUCAUGCUCUAACAGUGAUUUACAGGACUCUGUCCGAACGGCAAGCCCCAGACUUGGUCAGCAAGCCACAGACACUGUAACGCCCCAGUGGCCCAGUCAGAUCCCAGCUGGCCCAAAGCCCACACGUGUGCUUUCUUCUAUCGCGGAGGAAGACCAUCACUCUGAGAGGCGGAGAUGUGGCUUCCAGCAUGGCUUUGACACCCAUCUCCCUGGCACUUUAGAAAAAGAUAAUGGAAAAAAGCAAGUUAACAGCUUCGGGGAUAAUGAAGAGCCACCCACCUCUUCCGAGAGUGAGGAAGAUGUGAUCAAGCAGUUUGAGAUCUCUGUGUCCCGAUCCCAGAGUUUUCGUACGGGAGCACCAGAGAAGGGAAAAACAACAGAGUUGGGACAGAAAACAAAACGCAAGCAUUUGCUGUCCACUUACCAAGAAGACAGCGCUGAAGUGUCUGCUCAUGAAGAUUUGGAUGAAACCAGUCAACUCAGUUAUUCUGAGUUUCUGCCUUACGAAGAUCGCCCCAUCUCCGCCCUCUCACAGUACCCCUGUGAGAGCCGUGACGCCAGGCACCACGGCCCUUGUCAUCAAGAGACUGUCGCCCUCCGAAGCCUCAGUCGUCCUUGUGCGAAUGGCAUCCUGGAGACAGAGACGGCUUUUAUUAGUCAGGGCUUUGAGGAUCCCUAUGCCACCCACAGCUCCUCUGUGUGGAGUCCAGAGGAACAGGAUGGGACCAAUCUGCAGGUGCCUCCCAGACUCUCGGAGCCUAUCUCAAAAUGUGGUGACCUGGAUGUCAUCUUUGAAUAUAGAGCUGUAACCCAGAAGCUCACGGUGACCAUUGUGAGAGCGCAGGGUCUUCCAGAUAAGGACCGAAGCGGUGUCAACUCCUGGCAGGUUCAUGUAGUGCUGCUCCCCAGUAAGAAGCAGAGGGGUAAGACGAACAUCCAGAGAGGGCCCAACCCGGUCUUCAAGGAGAAGGUCACCUUCGCCAAGCUGGAGCCCAGAGACGUGGCUGCCUGUGCUGUCCGCUUCCGCCUGUAUGCUGCCCGGAAGAUGACCCGAGAGAGGAUGAUGGGAGAGAGGCUGUUCUCUCUCAGCCACUUGCACCCAGAGGGCGAAAUGAAAGUGACUCUGGUUCUGGAGCCAAGAAGUAAUAUGAGCAGUGGAGAGUCCCCGCUCAGCCCAUCUGUGGUGUCUCACAGUGACAGUGCUUCAUCCACACAGUCGCUGUCUCAUGGAGGGGUGCCAGAGCUAUUGGUGGGACUGUCCUACAACGCCACAACAGGGCGAUUAUCUGUGGAAAUGAUCAAAGGCAGCCAUUUCCGCAACCUCUCUGCUAGCCGAGCUCCUGAUACAUAUGGAAAGCUCUUCCUCCUCAACUGUGUGGGCCAGGAGAUGUCCCGCUGCAAGACGUCCGUUCGACGUGGCCAGCCCAAUCCUGUCUAUAAAGAGACCUUUGUCUUCCAAGUGGCCCUCUUCCAGCUCUCUGAUGUCACCUUGAUGGUUUCCAUCUAUAGCAGGCGCACAAUGAAGCGUAAAGAGAUGGUUGGCUGGAUUGCCCUGGGCCAGAACAGCAGUGGGGAGGAGGAGAAGGAGCACUGGGAGGAAAUGAAGGAAAGCAAAGGCCAGCAGAUCUGCAGGUGGCACACCUUGCUGGAAUCCUAGGUCUACCAAACAGGCAUCUGAGUGCUAUGUCAGCCCUGGGUAUCUGACACCAAGUCAGAGCACUGGGAGUUGGGGGGAGGGGGGGGCUUUUAAAUGGAGAAUUUGACUAAUCUUAGGUCGUUCCGUGGUCUCGGACAGUAUCGAAGGUUUGGUUUGAGCUUAAGUGUUGUAAUGAAAGGAAAGCCACACACCCCCAGCCAAGUGCACAGCACGGGAAAUGGGACUCUAGUGGAGAGCACUGGCGAUGCGGUAAUUUGGGCCGAUGGACAAUUGUGUUUUUGUUCACACGGUUGAUGCAGCUUCUCCUCUCUUUGGCUCGGAGAAUAGCCUGAUAUUUCAAAGGAGCUGUAAACAUUUCUGUUUUCCAUCACUGAGGUGUGGGAAUCAGACUCUGCUCAGUGAAAUGAAUCAGAUGCCGAGGUAGGCUGUAAGCAAUCCACAAUCUUCUGCCACACCUACUUCUUUUAUGAAAAAAAAAAAAAGCCCCAUUUAUUUAAAAGGUAAUUGUUGUAAAUCUGUGGUGUAAAAUAAAUUUGUAUUCAGGAGACGUCUCUUUUAUCUCAAUUAGAUAUCACGGUUUCUACGAGAAUUGGGUUAGACAAAUUACCU